AUGUCCGACUCCUCCUCCAUCAAGCAAUCUGUCAUGAAGCAGGUCCUCGCGGAAGCGAACCUCGCCAACGCCCGAGUCCUCAUCGAAAAACUCCAAGAGAACUGCUUCGAAAAGUGCGUCCCCAAGCCCGGCAGCUCGCUCUCCAGCAGCGAACAGACGUGCAUGACGUCUUGCAUGGAAAAGUACAUGGCGGCCUGGAACCAGGUCAACGCGGCGUACAUCAACAGGAUACGACAGGAGCAGGGAAACAACUAA